CAUAUAUAUGCAUGCUCCUUCCCUGGCCGGCCUAUAAAAUGCUCACUCCCUUCUAAGCUGUUAAAAGAAGCAAUAUAUUAAGCUAAUAAGUAAUAACACAUUAUUAUUUUUGCCUUUGCUAUAUACAUUUAUAACAAAGUAAAUUAAUUGAUAAAUAAUGGAUGCAUAUGUUGCAAGUUUUGUUGCCCCCCCGGUUUCAAGACACGCGACGGCGGCGGCGGCUCCAGCACGUCGUCCAGUCAUGGACAAAAACGGUGUCAAACCAGUGGUGUCUCCGCCAGCUCGACACGUAGACAGGAGGGCCACCGCCGCUACAGAGGCUGCUGUUAUUGAGCCGCCGCCGCAACCAUAUUAUUCUUCGUCCGGAAGAAAUAAUAAUAAUAAUAAGAAGGCAACCUCAAAGUCGCCGCCGCCGCCGGGCAAGGGCAAUAAUAAUAACAAUGGUCGCGGAUGCAUCGUCGUUGAAGGCGGUGGCGACAAGAACAUCGACGUGAAGGCGACAAGCUACAUUUUGAAGGUCAAAGAACGUCUGAGGAGGGAAGAAAUGAAAAUUAUGAAUGAAAAGAAAUGACUUGCAAAUUUAUUUCUGUUCUUGUCUCAAAUAAAUUAUUGAUGCAUGCAUAUGCAUGUGAUCAUAAGUGUAAAUUAAAAAUAUUGAAGGGUGGACAUAAAUACCCCUCAUCUCGUCAAUGUAUUCGUUAUGUUUGACUUCCUUGAGUCAAACAAUUUAAUCUUUAAUUAUAGAGUAUCAAUAAUAAAAAAGUAUAUAAAAUAACAUUGCAAAUCAAAAUUCAUUAAGUUU